UCUCUCCUCCUCAGGAGGAGCCCACGUCGCUCCACAGCAUCCACGGAGGGACAGCAGUGGCCGCCAUGCACUCGCACCGGACGGAGAGCGAUUGGCAGGGGCUGGUGAGCGAGUAUCUGGUAUGUAAAAGGAAACUAGAAAGUAAGAAGGAAGCACUACUAAUCCUUUCCAAAGAACUGGAUACAUGUCAACAGGAAAGAGAUCAGUACAAGCUCAUGGCUAAUCAGCUACGGGAAAAGCACCAAUCACUGAAAAAGAAAUACCGGGAACUGAUUGAUGGAGACCCAUCUAUACCUCCUGAGAAAAGAAAACAGGCUAAUCUUGCCCAGCUCUUGAGUGAUACUCGGGAGCGAAAUAAACAUCUGGGCGAAGAAAUCAAAGAACUUCAGCAGAGGUUGGGAGAAGUACAAGGGGACAACAAGCUCCUUAGAAUGACAAUAGCAAAGCAAAGACUUGGAGAUGAGGAGGUUGGAGCACGCCAUUUUGCACCACAUGAGCGGGAAGAUCUUGUCCAGCAGUUGGAGAAAGCACGAGAACAGAUUGAAGCUCUGCAACAUGAUCUUCAAGCAGCCUUGGAUGAGCUCCAGGAUGUAAAAGAGGAGCGUUCUUUUUACCAAGAUAAGUCUGACAGAUUAAACCAGGAACUCAACCAUGUUCUUGGAGGACACGUAAACCGCAUUAUUGAUAUUGAUGCACUUUGUAUGGAGAACAGAUAUCUUCAUGAGCGAUUAAAACAGAUUCAAGAAGAGGUCAAUAUUCUGAAAUCAAACAUUGCCAAAUACAAGAAUGCUCUAGAGAGAAGGAAAAAUUCCAAGACUCAUAGUAAGUCAAAUAGCAGUGCACUAACUGGCGUCCUCUCUGCAAAACAAGUCCAAGAACUGCUAUCAGAAGAUCAUGGCUGUAGCUUACCAGCCACACCACAGUCCAUUUCUGACCUCAAAUCUUUGGCUACUGCUUUGCUAGAGACAAUCCAUGAGAAAAACAUGGUCAUUCAACAUCAGAGGCAAACCAACAAAAUCCUAGGCAACCGUGUAGCAGAGCUGGAGAAAAAGCUGAGGACAUUAGAAGUCUCCGGUUUGUGGAGUCUCCCAGGCCUGAGCUACAAUGUCUCAGUGGGAUUUGGGAGCGGCAAGGACACCAUAAUAUUCAGUGACCCCACCCUUCCCAUUAUCCAGAGGUCUCAGUCACCACUGCAAACUUUUACUGAGAAGUCUCAACAGAAGAAAGAAGGAGAUCACACUAGGGAACUGGAGGACUUCUGUGCUACUAAAACAGAACUGACAUUUCCAAAGGAGCCAGUUCCAGUUUCUGAUGAACCCCAUGCAAACCCACACAACAAUAACAAAGACAAUCAUUUUCAUCCAUCAUUGCCUCAGUUUCCUUCUGAGGAAGAUGAUGUAAAUGGGUUUGGGAAUGAAAUCAUUAAGCUGACAGAGAAACAGGCAGCUGCAGAACUGGAAGACAGCAAAGCGGAAUGUCUGACAGAGAGCCAGACAGCAGGUCAGCCAGAGCUCAACAGCUUAUCUGAAGGCGAAUCCUCUUCCUCCAGUUCUCCUCCCCCUUACUACAUAGAACCACUCAACCUGGAGAAUGAACAUACAGAUGAGAACCAGGCUGUGACAGAAGAUUCAGAAAGUAACUCCAAAAACAUUAGUGACAAAAAGGAUAAAAAUGAUUGCUCAACGGCCAUUCAGGGUGAUGAAAAAAACCCUCUUGCGGCACCAGACUCAAGCAACACUCCAGAGGAUAGCUCUGGAGCAGAGGAUCUGAGAGAUAGUCCUCCUGCUCCAGAUUCACAGUGACUGCUAAUCUAGAUCAAUAUUUAAAAGGAGCAGGAUGAUCAUGAUGGCUUUCAGAAUUCUGGCCGCUGCUAUUUGCUGAAAUUAACGUUACUAGGAGUGAUAUAAUUGAGAGUAAUGGGACUGGACACUCCAUCAUUAUGCUUUAUCAUGUUGGUUAUAUCUCUGUCUCUUUAGUAAAUGCAUUUUUGGCACAGUGCCUACUUGAAUGCCUCUUGAGAAUCUGAAAUGUCAGGGACAGGGAAGGAGUGAACUGUUUAGGCAGCUAGAAUCAGCAACAAUAACACAUAAAGAUGCCAGUGAACUAUUUUGUUUGUUUCUCAGCGGUUUGGGUUUUUGAUGGCACCGAGGGCUUAACACGAAAUAAUAAAUGGCUUCAGUUGUAGUUGGUUGCUCUGUACACAUAGCUGCUUGCCAGGUCAGUGUCUCCCACCCCCACUCCUGUAUUUGAAUGAGCUUUUUCUAAAGAGUGCAGAGGUUCAUGUAUAUAUAUGCAACCUAAGUGACACCAACAAGGGAUGCUAUGAUGCUCUUGGCUGUGUGUGGGUUAACAUAUCUCUCCCCCCUCUCUCUGUUUCUCUCUUUUCUUUUCCCCUCUUUUCUUCUGUCUGACUGUCUGUCCCACGUUUCUCUGCUUCUGCAGUUGCCCCUUCCUAUACGUUCAGCCCCCCCCCCCCCGGCGUAUGAGAAAAACAUGUACGGUUAAAUCCCAUUAUAUUUUGUGGUGGCACGUACCUGUGCACGGUGCCGCAUGGGCCCCAGCAGUGCCUGCGCCAUUUUGUUCGCCAUGGUUUGCCUUACACGUAAGCUCAAAUCCAUGUAAGGCAAACCCACAUAAGGCACGACCAUAGUGUAUUUGAUAUGCAGCUGCUGCUGUGGCAACUUCUGGUCUUCCCUUUCAGCAGUUUGCUGGUUCCUUUAGUCUUGGCAUAUGUUUAGUAAGGUACCAGGUAUUGUCCACCCAGCUUAGAAGUUGGAGAUGAGGUGAAUCCAUGUUGGAAUAACCUUUUCUGAACUUAAAUACAAGAGAUUUGGAAGCUGGGUGCCUUCUUUGCUUUCAUUUGAGCAACAUUAAGCCUGGCGUGCACACUUUUGAAGGAAGGUUUUUCCCCUUUUCCUUCUGUCCUAAAAGCCCUGUAGAUAGUAGUUGAAAUCCCACCGUUCACAGCCAUUUCUCCUCUUAAAUUCAUUUUACAAUGGCAAUCAAUUAACUUGCAGUGGGAGACAAUCUUGAGGGCCUCCUGUGCCUACAGAGUGAAGCCUUGCAUAUCCCUAGCUCCAAUGAUGCUGAAGUAUUUCUCCUUGGUUCCUGGUAAGACAAUGGCUGGAGAAUAUUUAUUGUGGAUAUUUUGCAGCUGUUGAACUGAAGGGAGGUCUAAUUUCUGUGGCGGUUUUAUUUGUUUGUUUUCAAAAUAGGAAACAAUCUCAGCAGCUGUAAAGCUUGUCUGGGCCUCCAACCGUACAUGCAAUUUUCCUGCUGGCUUGGGAACCUAAUUGCCUGUAAAUGUUCAUUUCUCACUCUUAGAACUUAAAACCAACUGGAGAGAGGAUUAAUCCAAAUUUAACAAUACUACUCAUAAGAAACAAGGAGGUCCUUCCUGUACUGAGCAUUAUUUGACAAAAUAAAGACCUGCCAACUGCGCUUUGUUAUGGUCUGCCUGUUAACAGAUUCAGCCUGCAAACAGGGGAGGGGGCGGCCCUUGCAAGUUUGGAGUAACUUAACAGCUCUUCAGAUGUUGCUGUCCCAGCCAUUGGUGAGCGGAUGUUGUACUCUUCCUUAUUGUAAGCAAACUGAGUGAUCUAGUAUGUGUUGAUCAGAAGACUCGCAGGUGUACAUGUGCAUUAUAGGCCAUAAAAGACUAAAGCCAAGAUUGUCAGAAAUAAAAAGACUUUCCCUUCAGUCAGAAUCGUCUGGCCCCAUGCAAGUGAUUGGUUGUGAAAGGAGGGAGUCAUUCAGAGAGCCUCCAUUUCGUAAGACAUACAGUAUUGGUUACUCUUUCCCCUUGCAUAUAAAGGAAGACAUUACAGUGGGGAGAAGGUAGGAAAAAGGGUAGCACUUGAGAGAACCGUUAGCUACUACAGGUGACAGGAAGACUUUUUGGUAGAUGUUUUUGCCAAAUCAAAGAGUGGAUUGGUUGCACGUAAAUUACAGUGCUUUCAAAAAAGGAAAGUUACAUUUUCUUAAUUCUCCCUCCCAAUAUUUUCAAUUGCUCUGUGCAGUAAACCCCCAUAAAAAAAAACCAAAGCACAUACACACACAUAAAAAACAACAACCCCAAACCAGAAUAAGCUUUGAAAUGUUCCUUUAAUACUUUGUUGGCCUUGGGCAUUACAUCAUAUUGCUUUUUUCACUCCACUUUUUUUAAGCAACAUUGGUUUAUUAUAAAUUAAAUGUUGUUGUUUCAUGACUUAAUAAAAAAAAAUCUUGAACCAUUUGUUAGUUUGCAUAAUUUCAUUCCUCAUAGUGGAACGGGGGAGAAAAGGGGAGGAAUAUGUUAUCUCUUGAAUUUGUGGUACUGUUGCUUUUAUUGAUAGAGUUGCUGACAACGUUAUUGACUCAGCAUACCGUUUGUGCUUUUAUUGGUAAAAUAACAGAUAGCCUUAUUGUCUCGAUUUGUUGUGAUAGGAAUGACAAAACUGAUACAGUGGGAAGAAUAAUGAAUUUGCAGCAUACUCAUGAAUAUGAAAUUCUGGAAUUUGGCUCAUCAUAAAUAAGACAUUCCAUAUACUAUUGUUCAUUUCAAGAUGUAUAUUUCUUUCUGGGUUUGUCAUAGCCUGAUAAGGACUACAGUUAAUGCUGAUGAACUCCUAGAGUAGAAAAGUCAUCAAGAAGGCAGAGCAGCUUUAUGUAAACAAGGCCGCACCAUGAAUGGCCCAUGUUCUGCAUGUCUAAAUCAUGGCUGCUAUUUGCAUUAUUAUGGCAAAUACUUUGAAGUUCAGCUUUACCAGUGGAAAUUUUGGCAUUUGAUUGCUACGUCUUUACUUAAGUUGGGUGAAAAUAAAUUAUGGCCUGUUACAGACUGCCAAAAUAAAGCUGCUUUGGGUCUCUUUGGAGGUAUGCUAUUUAAAUGAUGCCUGGGUCCUAAGAGUCCGGAGGUCG